GUUGUUCCUGUGGUUUCAGGCCUCCGGGGCUUGCAACGGACAUUGCCUCUUGUAGUGAUUCUCGGGGCCACCGGCACUGGCAAGUCCACACUGGCGCUGCAGCUAGGCCAGCGGCUCGGAGGCGAGAUCGUCAGCGCCGACUCCAUGCAGGUCUAUGAAGGCUUGGACAUUGUCACCAACAAAGUUUCUGCACAAGAGCAAAGAAUCUGCCAGCAUCACAUGAUAAGCUUUGUGGAUCCUCUUGUGACAAAUUAUACGGUGGUGGACUUCAGGAACAAGGCAGCUACUCUGAUUGAAGAUAUAUUUGCCAGAGACAAAAUUCCUAUUGUCGUAGGAGGAACAAAUUAUUACAUUGAAUCUCUUCUGUGGAAAGUUCUUGUCAAUACCAAGCCCCAGGAGAUGGACACUGAGAAAAGGAUUAACUUAAAAAUAGAGCUUGAAAAGGAGGAUGGCCAUGUACUCUACAAACGCCUAAGCCAAGUGGACCCAGAAAUGGCCGCCAAGCUACACCCACAUGACAAACGUAAAGUGGCUAGGAGCUUACAAGUCUUUGAAGAAACGGGAAUAUCUCAUAGUGAAUUUCUUCGUCAGCAACAUGCAGAGGAAGGUGGUGGUCCCCUUGGAGGUCCUCUGAAGUUCCCUAACCCUUGCAUCCUCUGGCUUCAUGCUGACCAGACAGUUCUAGAUAAGCGUUUGGAUAAAAGGGUGGAUGACAUGCUUGCAGCUGGGCUUUUGGAGGAACUGAGAAAUUUUCACAAGCGCUAUAAUCAGAAGAAAGUAGCUGAAAAUAGCCAGGACUAUCAACAUGGUAUCUUCCAGUCAAUUGGCUUCAAGGAAUUUCACGAGUACCUGACCACUGAGGAGACAUGCACACAGGAGACUAGUAACCAGCUCCUAAAGAAAGGACCUGGUCCCGGUGUCCCCCCCGUAUAUGGCUUAGAGGUAUCUGAUCUCACAAAGUGGAAAGAGUCUGUCCUCGAACCUGCUCUUGAAAUUGUGCGGAGUUUCAUCCAGGGCCACAAGCCCACUGUCACUCCAGUAAAGAUGCCAUGCAAUGAAACGGAAAACAAGAGAAGUUAUCACAUGUGCGACCUCUGUGAUCGGAUCAUCAUUGGGGACAGAGAAUGGGCAGCACAUGUAAAAUCCAAGUCCCAUUUGUACCAACUGAAGAAAAGAAGAAGAUUGGACUCAGAUGCUGUCGUCACCUUAGGAAGUCAGAGCAUUUCCCCAGAGCAGGACAAUGAACUUAAAGAGAAUGGGUCCUCCAGGCAGAAUGAUCGAGAGCUGGAAUCCAGCCUUCAAUAG